AUGACAGAAAUCACGAACACAGAGCAGCUGAAGGCUUACCUAGGCAAGCUUGGCAAUGCCAAGAUCGAUUUGAACUCUUUGCAGCUGCUCGCAGGUGGCACCGCGAAUUUCGUGUGGCGCUUGCUUGAGAGAUCUGGGAAAAAAAUCAUUAUCAAGCAUGCAGAACCGUACCUCAAGACAGCGCCAGGUCUGUCCUUCUCAGUCGAUCGCAUGGACUUCGAGCACAAGGCUAUGACGUCUGUGCCGCCGCUGCUCAGUCCGAGCUCUGUGGUCGCUGUGCCAGAGGUAUACCAAUACGACUCCCUUAGCCAUGUCCUCAUGAUCGAAGAUGGCGGUGCGCGCACGUUGAAGGAAGCCUAUGCAGACCCCACGCUUGACACCCCCACCUUCGGCAAAGCGCUGGGUCGAUGGCUCGCAGGAUUACAUCAACGGACCAAACAUACGGCGAUCGGCGACAACCAAGCAGCCAAGUCCAUGUAUCGUUUCGCGUAUACCCAUCUUGCCGUCGCCCUGCAAAAGUAUGAUCAAGACCCUUCUCUUGCUGAGCAGAUCGAUGCCCAGUAUGGCUCUCUCCUCCAGACUGACGACGAGUGUGUAUGCCACGGAGACUUCUGGCCCGGCAAUGUCCUCAUCGACGAUCAAGGGAGGUUGAGUAUUGUAGAUUGGGAGAUGGUGCGCAGAGGGUGCGGAGCCACGGACCUGGGACAGUUCGCAGCGGAAGCGCAUUUGCUGGAUCGUUUUCGAGGAGGCAAGGGGUUGCGCACGACGUUUCUAGAAGGCUAUCGGGGGACUGGACAACUGGACAAUAGGUUCCUCAAGCGUGUCGCCAUUCACAUGGGCGUUCACCUUGCGUUCUGGCCCACACGGGUCAGCUGGGGGACGGAGACGGAGACAAAGGAGAUUGUGAAGGUCGGGUGCGAGCUGAUGAAACGGGCACUUGGUCAAGAUGAGAGCUGGUUGGCUGGAAGUUUGUUGAAUGAGUUGCAGGCAUAA